UGCACGCCCUGCAGUGUGGGCCAAUGGGACACCCAUUCAAAUUAAUGUGUAUAAAGAGUGAAAGGGAAUGGCUAUGUAUUGCUUUUUCAGCCUUGAAGGGAGAAAUAAGACUGAGUGGAUUCUGCAAGCAGUGGGGAGCAUCAUUGGCAGAGCGUCAUAAAAGAAAAGAAGAGGGCCACGCUCAAAUAUAUUAAAUCAUCUUGGGAAGUGUAAAAGAAGAUCCCCAUUGCUGGUUUGAAGGAAACUGAAGGAAUGGAAGCCCACCGGCAUUAUUAUUAUAUUUGAUCAACUGGGUUAUUUAUAUACUCCUCUAGAGCUGUUUGCACUCGUGCCUGGGAUGCUCUGACAGCUGCCGGUAUUGGGAGGAAGAGCCCUGUCAUGAUGAAAGGCAUGAAUGACUGACUGACCGGGUGUGGGGGGUCGCAUGGAGAUCUUGCAGUGUUCUUGCUGUUGUUGUUGGUCCUUGAAACCGUUAGCAAGUCUUAGACCAAGACUAACAAUAGGACAAAAGAUAUGGAUUGCCUUUGGUUUUCCACAACAAUAACAACAAGAGAGGGAAUUAGAAUUGGAAUUAGAAGUGAUAGGAGAGAAAGAGAUCAUGGGGAGAAGUUCAACAUUCCAUUGGUUUGUCCCAUGCUUUUGGACCAAGUUAUGUGUUGUUUUCCUCUGUCUUUUUUGCUUCCUCCCAACUCCUUUGGCUGCUGAAGAGACUACUAGCCUACCUAAUUAUAAUGCUACAGCUGGAUUCUCAGAUACCAAAUUGAAGAGAAUAGCCAGACAUCUCAAGAGAUUGAACAAACCUGCUGUCAAAACUAUACAGAGCCCAGAUGGAGAUAUUAUUGACUGUGUUCUUGCACAUCAUCAGCCUGCAUUCGAUCAUCCUCGAUUGAAAGGACUCAGCCCUCAGGAACCUCCUGUUUGGCGGCCCAAAGGAGAUAGAAGAGGAGGUGCAUUUAAGAAGUUUCAGCUAUGGCAUCACAUGGGAGAGUGCCCAGAAGGGACUGUUCCCAUCAGGAGGACUACCCAACAAGAUAUAAUGAGAGUUGGCUCUGUCAAAAGAUUUGGACGUAAAUCCAAUCGCCAUCCCGCUGCCUGGAAUCCAAAACGCCGGGAUUCUGUUUACUCUGGUGGCCAUGAGCAUGCAGUAGGAUAUGUGAUGGGAGACCAGUACUAUGGUGCCAAGGCCAGUCUGAAUGUAUGGACGCCUCAUAUACAGAAGCCAUAUGAAUUCAGCCUAUCCCAGAUGUGGGUUAUCUCUGGUUCAUUUGGGCAAGAUCUCAACACAAUCGAAGCUGGUUGGCAAGUCAGCCCGGAGCUAUAUGGAGAUUCAUAUCCUCGCUUCUUCACUUACUGGACGACAGAUGCAUACCAGGCUACGGGAUGCUACAACCUGUUGUGUUCAGGAUUCGUGCAGACUAACAACGGAAUUGCCAUUGGAGCUGCAAUAUCACCAACUUCUGCUUUUAAUGGCGGUCAAUAUGAUAUCAGUUUGCUUGUUUGGAAGGAUCCAAAUCAUGGGAAUUGGUGGCUGGAAUUCGGAGACGGGCUGCUAGUGGGCUAUUGGCCUGCAUUUUUGUUCAGUCAUUUGGCAGAUCAUGCAAGCAUGAUUCAAUGGGGAGGAGAGAUUGUCAACACCAGACCAGGAGGCGUGCACACCAGUACCCAAAUGGGCAGUGGUCAUUUUGCAGCAGAAGGAUUUUCAAAAGCAAGUUACUUCAGAAAUCUCCAAGUUGUAGAUUGGGAUAACAGUCUCAUUCCCCUCACUAAUCUCCAAGUUUUGGCUGAUCAUCCAGAGUGCUAUGACAUUCAGGGAGGAGUAAACAACAAAUGGGGAAACUACUUCUAUUACGGAGGCCCAGGCCGCAAUCCCAAAUGUCCAUAAUCUCUCUUUCUAGUCUCAAUACACACACAUAUAUAUACACAAAUACACAUGUAGGAAUGGAGUUCAUAUGUAAUGAAUUCCUGUUUCCUUCUCAUCUGGGGGUUUUCCCAAUUCUUAGUUCUGCAGAGCAGUGUUCCAGAAUGGGUAGGACAUGCUUCCCCGCGUUGGUCGAGGUUCUAAAAAAAGCUGCCAUUUUUUCCCCUCUCACGUACAGGUUGUGUAUUUCAAUGUUAAUUAGGGUUCACACCAUGGAAUUUGUGGCUAAUAUAGUUUAGCACUUAUAACCAGUAUGCUUAAUUUGUUGGGCUUAGCACCCAGAAGCCCUGAUUGUAAAGUUGAGUCAUGCUUCACUCAAAAUAGAAGUCCAGUUAGGAGACAGUGUACUUUGUACUUCCUACCUUGUUCUUUUGUGUCUAAGAGUUUGAAGAAAUAUUUUUCAGAUAUUCAUUAUUCUUCUUUAUGUUGAAUCUACUACAUAUCAAUGACAUUAGAUUUUCACAA